AUGAGAACUGGCCACACAGAAACCACUGUUUGGUCUGCACCUGAUUCUCCAAUUCCUUCGACAUCCUCCCACCAGUCAAAUGACCCAGGGGAAGCCAGCGGCCACACAGAAACCACUGUUUGGUCUGCACCUGAUUCUCCAAUUCCUUCGACAUCCUCCCACCAGUCAAAUGACCCAGGGGAAGCCAGCGGCCACACAGAAACCACUGUUUGGUCUGCACCUGAUUCUCCAAUUCCUUCGACAUCCUCCCACCAGUCAAAUGACCCAGGGGAAGCCAGCGAAACCACUGUUUGGUCUGCACCUGAUUCUCCAAUUCCUUCGACAUCCUCCCACCAGUCAAAUGACCCAGGGGAAGCCAGCGGCCACACAGAAACCACUGUUUGGUCUGCACCUGAUUCUCCAAUUCCUUCGACAUCCUCCCACCAGUCAAAUGACCCAGGGGAAGCCAGCGGCCACACAGAAACCACUGUUUGGUCUGCACCUGAUUCUCCAAUUCCUUCGACAUCCUCCCACCAGUCAAAUGACCCAGGGGAAGCCAGCGGCCACACAGAAACCACUGUUUGGUCUGCACCUGAUUCUCCAAUUCCUUCGACAUCCUCCCACCAGUCAAAUGACCCAGGGGAAGCCAGCGGCCACACAGAAACCACUGUUUGGUCUGCACCUGAUUCUCCAAUUCCUUCGACAUCCUCCCACCAGUCAAAUGACCCAGGGGAAGCCAGCGGCCACACAGAAACCACUGUUUGGUCUGCACCUGAUUCUCCAAUUCCUUCGGCAUCCUACCACCAGUCAAAUGACCCAGGGGAAGCCAGCGGCCACACAGAAACCACUGUUUGGUCUGCACCUGAUUCUCCAAUUCCUUCGACAUCCUACCACCAGUCAAAUGACCCAGGGGAAGCCAGCGGCCACACAGAAACCACUGUUUGGUCUGCACCUGAUUCUCCAAUUCCUUCGACAUCCUACCACCAGUCAAAUGACCCAGGGGAAGCCAGCGGCCACACAGAAACCACUGUUUGGUCUGCACCUGAUUCUCCAAUUCCUUCGACAUCCUACCACCAGUCAAAUGACCCAGGGGAAGCCAGCGGCCACACAGAAACCACUGUUUGGUCUGCACCUGAUUCUCCAAUUCCUUCGACAUCCUACCACCAGUCAAAUGACCCAGGGGAAGCCAACGGCCACACAGAAACCACUGUUUGGUCUGCACCUGAUUCUCCAAUUCCUUCGACAUCCUACCACCAGUCAAAUGACCCAGGGGAAGCCAACGGCCACACAGAAACCACUGUUUGGUCUGCACCUGAUUCUCCAAUUCCUUCGACAUCCUACCACCAGUCAAAUGACCCAGGGGAAGCCAGCGGCCACACAGAAACCACUGUUUGGUCUGCACCUGAUUCUCCAAUUCCUUCGACAUCCUACCACCAGUCAAAUGACCCAGGGGAAACCAGCGGCCACACAGAAACCACUGUUUGGUCUGCACCUGAUUCUCCAAUUCCUUCGACAUCCUACCACCAGUCAAAUGACCCAGGGGAAGCCAACGGCCACACAGAAACCACUGUUUGGUCUGCACCUGAUUCUCCAAUUCCUUCGACAUCCUACCACCAGUCAAAUGACCCAGGGGAAGCCAGCGGUUGCAAAUGUCCUACACAGAAAAGGAGUAAAGCAGCGCCUCAUAAGUGCAUUCACUCAGAGCAGUCAUGA